UGGCCGGAGAGAACAUGGCGGCCCCCGGAGGCCGGGGCUGCAGCCUCGCGGGCCUGCUCCCGGCGCAGACCUCGCUGGAGUACGCCCUGCUCGACGCCGUCACCCAGGAGGAGAAGGACAGCCUGGUCUACCAGUAUCUGCAGAAGGUGGACGGCUGGGAGCAGGACUUGUCAGUGCCCGAGUUUCCGGAAGGAUUAGAAUGGCUGAACACAGAAGAGCCUAUUUCUGUCUACAAGGAUCUGUGUGGAAAAGUAGUCAUCCUUGAUUUCUUCACCUACUGCUGCAUAAACUGUAUUCAUCUACUGCCUGAUCUUCAUGCAUUAGAACACACGUACUGUGAUAAAGAUGGUCUUCUGAUUGUUGGUGUUCACUCGGCUAAGUUUCCAAAUGAAAAAGUCCUGGAUAACAUUAAGAGCGCUGUUCUUCGAUACAACAUCACCCACCCUGUGGUUAAUGAUGCAGAUGCCAGUCUUUGGCAAGAACUAGAAAUUUCCUGCUGGCCAACUCUGGUCAUACUUGGACCCCGUGGAAAUAUGUUAUUUUCUUUGAUUGGAGAGGGACACAAAGAUAAAUUAUUUUUAUAUACUUCCAUAGCUUUAAAGUAUUAUAAAGACAAGGGACAGAUCAGAGAUAAUAAAAUUGAAGUAAAACUAUAUAAAGAUUCUUUGCCACCUUCACCAUUGCUGUUCCCUGGCAAAGUAACAGUAGACCAUGUUUCUAAUAGAUUGGUAAUAGCAGACACUGGACAUCAUAGAAUUUUGGUCGUCUGGAAGAAUGGACAAAUUCAGUACAGCAUUGGAGGACCCAACCCUGGAAGAAAAGAUGGAAUAUUUUCAGAGUCAACUUUUAAUUCACCACAGGGUGUAGCCAUAAGGAAUAAUAUCAUCUACGUAGCAGAUACUGAAAACCACCUUAUAAGAAAGAUUGAUCUAGAAGCUGAGAUGGUGAGCACUGUAGCUGGCAUUGGAAUUCAAGGUACAGAUAAAGAAGGUGGAGCUCAAGGAGAAGAACAACCCAUUAGUUCUCCUUGGGAUGUAGUUUUUGGAACGUCAGGUUCAGAGGUCCAAACAGAUGACAUUCUGUGGAUAGCCAUGGCGGGGACUCAUCAGAUAUGGGCACUGCUGCUGGACUGUGGCAGACUACCAAAGAAAAAUGAGCUGAAAAAAGGAACAUGCCUUCGGUUUGCUGGAAGCGGAAAUGAAGAGAACCGAAAUAAUGCAUAUCCUCACAAGGCAGGCUUUGCCCAGCCUUCAGGUCUCUCUCUGGCCCCCGAAGAUCCCUGGAGCUGCCUGUUUGUCGCAGACAGUGAGAGCAGCACGGUGAGAACUGUCUCGCUGAAAGACGGAGCAGUGAAGCACCUCGUGGGAGGAGAAAGAGAUCCCAUGAAUUUAUUUGCUUUUGGUGAUGUUGAUGGAGAAGGAAUCAGUGCCAAGCUUCAGCACCCACUUGGAGUAACUUGGGACAAGAAAAGGAAUCUACUUUAUGUGGCAGACUCUUAUAAUCACAAGAUUAAAGUUGUGGAUCCCAAAACAAAAAACUGUUCAACAUUAGCAGGAACCGGAGACGCAAGUAACAUUAUCACUUCCAGCUUUACCGAGUCAACUUUUAAUGAACCAGGAGGCUUGUGUAUUGGGGAGAAUGGCCAGUUAUAUGUAGCAGACACCAAUAAUCAUCAGAUUAAAGUGAUGGAUUUAGAAACAAAAACAAUUUCUGUGCUCCCAGUCUUCAGACCUGACAACGCUGUGGUAGAUGGCCCAUUCCUGGUCGAGAAACAGAGGACAUUGCCCAAACUGCCUAAAUCUGCUCCAAACAUUAGACUUUCUCCAGUGGCUGCAUCACCAGGCCAGACUCUCCAGUUCAGACUAAGAUUAGACCUCCCAUCAGGAGCAGAGCUGACCGAAGGGGUACCCAGUUGUUGGUUUCUAACAGCUGAAGGCAAUGAAUGGCUUCUUCAAGGACAGAUACCCUCUGGAGAAAUAGAGAGCAUUUCCAGUCAACCAGCGAUCUCACUGCAGAUUCCUGGAGAUUGCUUAUCACUUGAAGCCGUGAUAUCUAUCAGCGUGUUCCUUUAUUACUGCAGCGCAGACAGCAAUGCCUGUAUGAUGAAGGGAGUUUUGUUCAGUCAGCCUUUACAAAUAAGCAGUGCACACCAAGGGUGCAUCGCUCCAGUAGAGCUCAAGUAUGGAUUUUAACAAGCCAGUUAGCUACCUGGCCGCCACAGCCACUGUCCUCCAUCCUUAUCAUCACUGUAACUUAGGAAAAGCAGCUUUAUUUCUGCCUCUGGAUACCAAGGAGCCCACUGCUCAGUUCUAGCAACAGAUUUUAAAAUAAAGCUAUGCUCCAUAUUUACUUAUCUAGUAUAAACAAAUUCCUUCAUUCUGGCUGUGUACCAGCUAAAUCACUGACCAUCAUUUGAACCAUGAUUUUGUAAUCCCUGCUGCUAUUUGGCACAAAACUUAAAUCCACACUGUAGUCUAGAAUAUUAUCAUGAACAUAAUUCGCAGUGAAUACUGAUAAUGAAACCAAAUAUUUUAACUAACUUUUUCUACCUUUAUUAGUAUCAAGGAGCACAUUUGAAUAUAUACAUUUCACAAUAACUUUAAACAGAACCCAAGAUCCAGGACACCUGCCAUUCAAAGCCUAAGGUCUGUUUAAGCCAAAAAAAAAAAAAAAAAAGUCUUUACAUCACAGUAGAAACUGAAAGAGUAUCU